AUGUUGGAGAAUGAAAAAACUGCAUGCAAAUUGAUACUAUUCACAAAAUGGAGAAGUAAAAAUGAAGUGGAAGCAGCUGUACCCAGUUAUUAUCAACCGGAUUCGAACGAUCACCGCUUUCGAGACGAAACUAUCCCUCCAACCACUUUUCACUCGAUUGGUCAUGGGGUACAAGGGAUUGUAAUAGCGGCUCUACUCAACAUUGGUGGCAGAUUUGUCCGGGUGGCUGCUAAACGUUAUGACGUUGCUGAUGCUGAAAGAGUGCGAGAGGACAAUCUGACAAAGAGCAAUGGAUACACAAAAAUUCUCCGAGAACUGCAAAACACCCAGUACUUAGUGCAUGAGAAUAUUGUCCAAAUGAUGGAUUCAUUCUGGGAAGAAUCACCGACCGGUGACAUUCGCUUCGUUUGGAUUGUCACAGAGAGAAUGGAUGUCGAUUUGGAGUACUAUUUUGAAAUACUGAAGAAAAACGACAAUUCGUCAAACCCAACACUGAGAGAUCAUCGACAACUCGCGGCAAUCCCGACAAACAGCAAAGGAAUUCACUCUAUUUUGCCCACUUUGCCAAUGAUCUAUCAACCAUUAGAAGUGGCUCUAAUGGAUCGAUAUGAUUGCGGGGUUGAUGUUUGGUCGGCGGGACUGGUUGCGUUGGAGAUGCUCGGGUGCAGGUUGAUGAUGCCAUUGGAUGGGAAAGCUGCUUCAGUGAAAGAACGAAUUCUGGACGUUCUCGGUUUGCCUGAUGAUUACUAUUCCUCGUUCUUUGGCGACCGUUUGAGGUGUUAUCGUCCAAGAAAACCCGCUCUUGAGCAAGAAAUCAGCGUCUCUUUUCAAAGGCUUCCCAGUUAUCAACAAUUUUUCUCACAGGAAAAUCUCAUGGAUUUGUUAAAAAAGAUUUUCGAAGUGAACCGGCAAAUGAGACUGACAGCAAGUGAAUGUCUUGAGCAUCCAUAUCUCAAGGAAAUGAAUAAAAAACUGGAGUCAGGCGAGGAUGUUUCCAUGAUUGGCUCAAGUAGACGAGAUAAAGAACUCCUAAAAUCGACUCUAAUGAAAUUUUCCAAGAAAGUUGCUAAC